AUGGACCCUAGCUUGAAGGAGGAGGUGAUGAAGGCGGUGGAGGAGGCCAAGAGGUCCGCGGCCGCGGUGCCGGCGGCGACGCGGUGCCGGGUGGUGCGGAUCAUCGUGCACGACGAGGACGCCACCGACUCGUCUUCCAGCGAGGACGAGGAGGAAGAAGAGGCGGGAGAGGAGCGCGGCGCGGCGCAUCCGGGCUCGGCGGAGGCGGUGAGCGUGAAGCGCAGCCGCGUGCUGCUCCAGUCCGCCGGGUGCGGCGGCGCGGAGGAGGAGGACGACGAGGACGGGGAGGGGGAGGGCGCGAGGUUCACGGGCGUGCGGCGGCGCCCGUGGGGCCGGUGGGCCGCGGAGAUUCGCGACCCGCUGCUCCGCCGCCGCGUCUGGCUCGGCACCUUCGACACCGCUGAGGAGGCCGCCGCGGCGUACGUCGCCGCGCGCCUCCGCAUCCGUGGAGGGCCCAAGGCGUCCUCCUCCGGCAACCUGCUCCCGUCCGGGGGUGCUCACGGCGGCUCGCUCCCUCCUCCCGCUGCCGCUGCCGCGCACCGCCCGGCCCUGCCGCCCCGUCCCCCGCCGCCGCCACCGCAGCGGGCGAAGCAGCUGCCGCCGCCAGCGAAGCCACCACCGCAGCGGGCGAAGCAGCUGCCGCCGCCGCCUCUGCUUCCGCCGAAGAAGCAGCUGCAGUACCCGCCACCGCCUCUGCUGCUCCCGCCGAAGAAGCAGCUGUACCCGCCACCGCUUCCCCCCCUCCCGCCGAAGAAGCAGCAGCAUCACCACCACCACCACCACCACCACCCGCCCCCGCCUCUGCCGACGCUUCCGCCGAAGAAGCGGCUGGCGCCCCCGCCUCAGCUGCCGGGAAGCAAGAGGCAGUGCAUGGCCUCCUCCUCCCUGGCGGAGCCGCCGCGGUUCGUGCCGCUGCCGGUGUGGGCGCUGAUGUCCGGCUCCGGGAAGCGCAAGAAGCGGUCCGGCUGCGGCGGGCGCGUCCCUGCCCUCCACACCCCCGCCCCCGCCGCCGAGGAGACCGGGCGCGCCUGA